AUGCAUCAGGUGUUGAUUGUGAGUGAGGUUGGGAUGCAGGUUGUUGUUGGAAUGCAUCAGGUGUUGGCUGGGUGGCCUCAGGUGUCGGCUGAACCAGAUGUCUCUCCUACCUCAAUUACCAUUGAUGAGGCAGUGCGUCUACGGAAAGACGGAGGAGAACUUGUUAUUCCACUUCAUGAUAAUCUCACUGCCAAAAAGUACCUUGUUAAUUGUUCAUCUACUUUCCACGAAAAUACCGUAGGGGAUUGGCAUGCAAUGGAUAUAGAGCAGUGUAAUGGAAAAAGAAAGAUGACGAUAAUGCACACAAGCAUCAUGCAACCAACAUGUGUUGUCUUAGCAAAACUGAAUACGAAUCUCUUGCAUAAAAAUUUGAAGUUUGAACUGAAAAAAUGUGAUUGGAAAAAGAGACUACUAAAAAUGUCAGUCAAAUCCUCAAAUAGAUAUUUGUCAUCUCUCAUCAUAAAUCACUUGAAUCUCAAACAGUUUUGGAAGACUCCUGUAAAUUUCACGCCAACCAUAAUGUGCUUGAAAAAAAGUGUCAACAUUUAUAUUCAUCCAGAGUACCAUGGCUAA